AUGGUUUCUAGGAGCAAGCUCAGAGAAGUGGCCAGAAGUGACGGCGACAUUGUAAAUAACAUGCAUGAGCCCGACCCGGACCUGCUGGCCGGCGAGAGCGCGGAAUACGAGACGGAGGACAGCGUGGUGUCCCCCAUCCCCAUGGGGCCGCCGUCCCCCUUCCCCACCAGCGAGGACUUCACCCCCAAGGAGGGCUCACCGUACGAAGCCCCCGUCUACAUUCCCGAGGACAUCCCCAUCCCGCCAGACUUUGAGCUCCGAGAGUCCUCCGUCCCAGGGGCCGGCCUGGGGAUCUGGGCCAAGAAGAGGAUGGAAAUCGGGGCGAGGUUUGGCCCUUACAUGGGGGCACCCCGGGCCACGUGGAAGGAGGCGGACUUUGGAUGGGAGCACAUGUUGGCGGAUGCGGAGGUGUCGUCCCAGGAGGGCUGCAUCCAAAAGAUCUCCGAAGACCUGAGCACGGAGAAGCUGUGCGCGGACGCAGGGCAGGCGGGCUCCGGCAGCUGGCUCAAGUACAUCCGGGUGGCGUGUUCCUGCGACGACCAGAACCUCACCAUGUGCCAGAUCAAUGAGCAGAUUUAUUAUAAAGUCAUCAAGGACAUUGAGCCUGGGGAGGAGCUGCUCGUGCACGUGAAGGAAGGCGCAUACUCCUUGGGGACGGUGCCCUCCAGUCUGGAUGCGGAGGAGCCCACUUUCCGCUGUGACGCCUGUGACGAGCUCUUCCAGUGCAAGACAGACCUGCGGCGCCACAAGAAGUACGCGUGCGGCUCGGUGGGGGCCCCGCUCUACGAGGGCCUGGCCGACGAGCUCAAGCCGGAGGGGCUCAGUGGCGGGGCGGGCGAGCAGGCCCACGAGUGCAAGGACUGCGAGCGGAUAUUCCCCAACAAGUACAGCCUGGAGCAGCACAUGGUUGUGCACACAGAGGAGCGGGAGUACAAGUGUGACCAGUGCCCCAAGGCCUUCAACUGGAAGUCCAACCUCAUCCGCCACCAGAUGUCCCAUGACAGCGGCAAGCGCUUCGAAUGUGAGAACUGCGUGAAGGUGUUCACCGACCCCAGCAACCUGCAGCGCCACAUCCGCUCCCAGCACGUGGGAGCCCGUGCUCACGCAUGCCCUGACUGCGGGAAGACGUUCGCCACCUCUUCGGGCCUCAAGCAGCACAAACACAUCCACAGCACGGUCAAACCUUUCAUAUGUGAGGUCUGCCACAAAUCCUACACCCAGUUCUCCAACCUGUGCCGGCACAAGCGGAUGCACGCUGACUGCCGCACGCAGAUCAGGUGCAAGGACUGCGGACAGAUGUUCAGCACCACCUCCUCCCUCAACAAACACCGGCGCUUCUGCGAGGGCAAGAACCACUACACGCCAGGUGGCGUCUUUGCCCCGGGCCUGCCCUUGAACCCCAGCCCCAUGAUGGACAAGGCGAAGCCCCCCCCCGGCCUCAACCACGCUGGCCUGGGCUUCAGCGAGUACUUCCCGUCCAGGCCGCACCCGGGCAGCCUGCCCUUCUCAGCGGCGCCCCCCGCCUUCCCCGCCCUCGCUCCGGGCUUCCCGGGCAUCUUCCCCCCAUCCCUGUACCCCCGGCCACCGUUGCUACCUCCCACACCACUGCUCAAGAGCCCCCUGAACCACACCCAGGACGCCAAGCUCCCCAGCCCCCUGGGGAACCCGGCGCUGCCCCUCGUCUCUGCCGUCAGCAACAGCGGCCAGGGCGCCACGGCCGCCACGGGACCCGAGGACAAGCUCGAGCAUCGCCUAGAGGACUCCUACGCUGAGAAGCUCAAGGCGAGAGGCAGCGACGUGUCGGACGGCAGUGACUUUGAGGACGUCAACACCACGACAGGGACCGACCUGGACACAAGCACGGGCACGGGCUCGGACCCGGACAGUGACGUGGACAGCGACCGGGAUAGGGCCAAGGACAAGGGCCAGGCGGCGGAGGGUGAGCCCGAGCGCGGGGGCGGCGCAGCGCCUCCAGGGGCCCCGAACAGCCUGGGCGAGGCGCCCGUCUUCUACUCCCAGCACGCCUUCUUCCCGCCGCCAGAUGAGCAGCUGCUGGCGGCCCCCGGCACCGCAGGCGACUCCAUCAAGGCCAUCGCCUCCAUCGCAGAGAAGUACUUCGGCCCCGGCUUCGUGGGCAUGCAGGAGAAGAAGCUGGGCUCGCUGCCCUACCACUCCGUCUUCCCCUUCCAGUUCCUGCCCAACUUCCCCCCCGCCCUCUGCCCCUUCGCGGACCGCUCCCUUGCCCACAACUUGCUGGUCAAGGCCGAGCCGAGGUCACCCCGGGACGCCCUCAAGGUGGGCGGCCCCAGUGCCGAGUCCCCCUUCGACCUCACCACCAAACCAAAAGAGGCCAAGCCCGUGCUGCCCGUGCCCAAGGCGCCCCCGGCCCCGGCGUCCGGGGAGGAGGAGCCGCUGGACCUGAGCAUCGGAGGCCGCGCCCGAGCCGGCCAGAACGGAGGGGGGCGAGAGCCGCGCAAGAACCACAUCUACGGGGAGCGCAAGCUGGGGACCGGGGACGGGCUGCCCAGGGCGUGCCCGGCACAGCUGCCCCAGCAGCCGUCCCUGCACUACGCCAAGCCGUCGCCCUUCUUCAUGGACCCGAUCUACAGCAGGGUGGAGAAGCGGAAGGUGACGGACCCCGUGGGAGUCCUGAAGGAGAAGUACCUGCGGCCGUCCCCGCUCCUCUUCCAUCCCCAGAUGUCCGCCAUCGAGACCAUGACAGACAAGCUGGAGAGCUUCGCGGCCAUGAAGGCGGACUCGGGCGCCUCCCUGCAGCCCCUCCCCCACCACCCCUUCAACUUCCGGUCCCCGCCCCCCACUCUCUCGGACCCCAUCCUCAGGAAGGGCAAGGAGCGCUACACCUGCAGGUACUGUGGCAAGAUCUUCCCCCGAUCAGCAAACCUCACGAGACACCUGAGGACACACACCGGGGAGCAGCCAUACAGGUGUAAGUACUGUGACCGCUCCUUCAGCAUCUCCUCCAACCUCCAGCGGCACGUGCGCAACAUUCACAACAAGGAGAAGCCCUUCCGGUGCCACCUGUGCAACCGCUGCUUCGGGCAGCAGACCAACCUUGACCGGCACCUCAAGAAGCACGAGCACGAGCACGCCCCAGUGAGCCAGCACUCCGGGGUCCUCACGAACCACCUAGGGACCAGUGCCUCCUCCCCCACCUCCGAGUCCGACAACCACGCACUUUUAGAUGAGAAAGAAGACUCCUAUUUCUCUGAAAUCAGAAACUUUAUUGCCAACAGUGAGAUGAACCAAGCAACAACACGAACGGAUAAACGGCCGGAGGCCCAGGACCUGGACAGCGGCUCCCAAUGCCCGGGCCUGGCCAGCGGGAAGCCUGAGGACGCGGAGGAGGAGGAGGAGGAGGAGGAGGAGGACGACGAUGACAGUCUGGCGGGGAAGUCCCAGGGUGACCCCGUGUCCCCCACGCCGGAGCCCCAGGGCGCCUACGAGGACGAGGAGGAUGAGGAGCCGCCCACCUCCCUGGCCGUGGGCUUCGAGCACACACGAAGGUGUGCUCAGGAGCGGCCGGGCGGUCUGUUGGCUUUGGAGCCGAUGCCGACUUUUGGGAAGGGGCUGGACCUCCGCAGAGCAGCUGAGGAAGCAUUUGAAGUUAAAGAUGUGCUUAAUGCCACACUAGGUUCUGAGGCCCUAAAGCAGACACUGUACAGGCAGGCUAAGAACCAGAGCCCUCUGGAUGCUUGGUUGAACAUCACAGGAGCCACGCCGGAGUCUGGAGCCUUUAACCCCAUCAACCACCUCUGA